CACCCCCAGCGCGUGGAUCAUCUGCAUCCGGCGCAGACUCAGAGCUCGGGACCCGCCACGAUGGCGCUGUGCGAACGGGCUGCCAGCGGGAGCUCUCUGCUCUGGCCUCGCGUGUUGCUCUUCGGGGACUCCAUCACGCAGUUUUCUUUCCAGCAAGGUGGAUGGGGCGCAUUGCUGGCUGACAGACUAGUCAGAAAAUGUGACGUUCUGAAUCGUGGGUUUUCAGGUUACAACACCAGAUGGGCCAACAUUAUCCUUCCGAGAUUAAUUAGGAAAGGGAGUGGCCUGGAAAACCCAGUGGCAGUUACAAUUUUCUUUGGUGCCAAUGACUCUACACUCAAAGAUGAGAACCGCAAGCAGCAUGUCCCACUGGAUGAGUAUGGAGCCAACCUGAGGGAGAUGGUGCAGUACCUGAAGUCUGUGCACAUCCCCGAGGAGCGAGUCAUUCUCAUCACGCCGCCCCCGCUCUGCGAGGCAGCCUGGGAGAAGGAAUGCAUCCUAAAAGGUUGCAAAUUAAACCGCCUGAACUCUGUUGUGGGUGAAUAUGCUAAUGCGUGUUUACAAGUAGCCAGAGAGUGUGGGACUGAUGUCCUUGACCUGUGGACCCUGAUGCAGAAGGACAACCAGGACUUCUCAUCCUACUUAUCAGAUGGCCUGCAUCUGUCACCCAUGGGAAAUGAGUUUCUGUUCUCACACCUCUGGCCACUGCUGGAAAAGAAGGUCUCCUCUCUGCCGUGGUUGCUUCCUUACUGGAACGAUGUGGACGAAGCAAGGCCUGAACUGAGUCUGCUGGGAGACGGAGACCAUUAGUCAACCUGGGAGACAGUCCCAAGAAUGUAGCUGGUAAUCACAUUCCAUGAAUAGUCAUUUAUGUGCAUAACCUUGCUGAUAAUUCACAAACAUCAAGAGAACGAGUAAAUGGUUUUUUCUAAGCUUAACUUCUGUUCAUGACUAUUGAUCAAAAAGCCCACUAACUUAUUCUUCGGGGAAAUGUUAUACUUGAUGCAUUUUGUUUUGACAUUUCAGUAUUUAUUGACUGAAGCAGGUAUCAUCAAUGCCACAGCUACAGAAUAUACCCUGAGCAGCUUGUUAAUCCUGUACAUGGAAAAAAAAAGACAAAUUUGGUUUAAAAAGUCACAAUUUUAUACAAAUGGCUUUCUUAUCUUCUGCCGAGACCGUUUCAUUCAUGCAUCACCCACACACCCCACUCACCUUAUAGCAAAUCCUCAAAGUAUAACUAAAAUAGAAGGCUAUCAUGACUAGUUAAAAGAGCAAAUACCACAAGGUACAUGUUCAAGUAUUAGUGUAACAGAUGCCCUCAGGAGAGACAAGGCACAGGUUUGGCUAAUUGUCAGAGUUUAUAAGUUAUCUUGGUUAAAAUGUGUCAGCUGGUGAGCACAUUUCAACUCUUAGAAGAAAAAAGCGUUUAUAACUAGAAUUUCUAGGAGCCAGAAUACGGCCUAAUGGUGUUUAUGCUUCAUACCGUAAGCACAGCAUCCAGAGGCCGUAUAAGAGUUCUCUGACAUGGUGGCGCACGCCUGUAAUCCCAGCACUUGGGAGGCAGGUGGAUCACUGUGAGUUCGAGGCCAGCCUGGUCUACAAAGCGAGCCCAGGACAGCUAAUGUUACACAGAUAGACCCUGUCUUGAAAAAGAAAAA